GAACAAGACCUGGAAAUUUUGUACAAAAACGGUGUGUUUAGUUGUGACAGUCCUAAGUCCCUUCAACAGAAAGUUUUCUUUGAAAUAAUGUUGUACUUUUGCAACCGAGGAAGAGAAAAUCUUCGUGGAAUGAAAAAGAGUGACUAUGUAAUCCGGAAGGACCAUGACAGCAGGAGGUAUGUCGCAUGCACCACUGCAAAGCUAACAAAGAAUCAUAGAGGUCUGAAUUGUAAUGAUGAUGACCAGGAUGGAGGAAGGAUGUAUGAGCAACCCGGAAAUUCCAAUUGUCCAGUUAUGAGUUUUGAGAAGUAUAUCGCCAAGCUAAAUGCAGACUGCGACUCUCUAUGGCAACGUCCAAAGACAAGCAUUGAUGAUCAUUCACCUGUUUGGUAUGACAAUAUGGUUGUUGGAAAGAAUGUCUUAGGAAGUAUGAUGCAGAGGAUUAGCAAAGAUGCAGGACUUACAUGUGUGUAUACUAAUCAUUGCAUACGAGCCACCUGCAUAACCAUGCUGGAUGAAUGUGGCUACGAGUCUCGACACAUUAUUGGUAUUUCUAAACAUAAAUCAGAAAGCAGCUUAAAACAUUAUUCCUCCAAAUUAAGCAAUUCCAAAAAACGCAAUAUGUCAGAUGCCUUAACAACAAAAUUAUCCGUAUGCAAGUCCGCGCCAAUUCAACAUACACCCCUUCAACAAAUUGAGAACAAUUUAAUGCCAGAUUUAGCCUCAAAUGUGCAAGAACUCCAGGACAUUGUCGAUGUUGAUGACAGAGAUUUAGCUGCCAUUCUUGACAACCCCAUGUUUGGAAAUCUUCAUGAAACUGGAAUCAGCAUUCCUAAUGUUAAAACAGCUAAAUCUGUUUUUUCUUUCCAUGGCUGCAACAUUACAAUACACAAUAACUAAAUUGUAUGCAUAACUUGCUGUAUGUAUGAAAAAAGUGCCUGUAGGAAUCUUUUGGGUGUUUGAUGUUACAUGUAUUUAAUUUUAUUAAAGUUUGCUGUUGAAGUUAUUUGUUUACAAAAUGUUAGCUACAAAUGUUUUUAAUGUACUCAAUUUUUUUAAAACUUGUGCAAUUUUUUAAAAUGUCUGUGAUCAUAAUUUAAUUUCAUGUACAUUUUUUGUAGUUUUAUUUUAAAGUUGUUAACUAUUGUUUAACUGUUUAUUAAUUCUGCUUUUACUUCAAGCUUAU